AUGGGCUACAAGGUCGUAGCUAUUGACUCGGGCAAAGAUAAACGUGCGCUGGUCCAGUCGUAUGGAGUCAAGCACUUUAUCGACUACACCACACAAGACGUGGUCGAGCAGGUUCGAGCAGCUACGAGCGGUCAAGGUGCUCAUGCUGUUGCUUGUGGUUGCUGGGUCAACGGAGGCGUACAAGGACGCCCUCCUGUUCCUCCCGUCCUCGGGGGACGCUGGUUGCAGUGGGGUGUUCCUAAAGAUGCUGCGAUCGAGGCCCCAUUGAGUCUCAUGAUUUCGCUCGAGCUCCGUAUCGAUGGCCUCGUACGUUGCUAG